AACAAGAAAUGGGGCACGAAGAAGAAGAGCAUCAUUCAGCAUCACCCCAAAAUAGUGGAAAUUUCAAGUUUCAGAAUGUUGCAAUGGCUUUAUUUAAAGUUUUCGACGGGCCAGUGACUUAUGUACGAGAGAAGGUGGUGUUACCUAUUCAGAGCAGGAACCAAACCAAGUAUUAUCAAAGGCAUUUCAAUAGGGUCCCAACAGUGGACCAGUGUGAUGAAGAAGAUCCAGUUUGCAUCUAUGAAGCUGACCAGCAGUUCCACAGAGACAGGAUGGUUGACAGCGAUAUUGUCAGGAUUCUGAGGCAAAGAAAGAUUGAAUGCUAUGCGUGGGAAGGUCCUGAUAAAAAAUACAAAUGUCAACAGAUUGAUGAAGAUUAUAACCAGGCGCCUGUUAACUGGUUCAUCAAAUAUAGUGAUAUGAGAAGCGGGAAAGGUGCUUUAUAGGCCUACAUGAAACAGAAACAUAGACUUAUUUGGG